GACCUGCUCUCAGCUUCAACUCAUCCUCCGAGCGUGUUCUGCGACGUAUUUCACCUGAUUUCUCAACUUUUUCUGUUGCAAAUCAAUCACCCAUUAUGGCUGGCGAGCGAGGUACUGAUAGGGGCGCCGGGGGAAAGUCGAAGCCUCCCGUGUCGGACAAGCUGGCCACGACGCGGAGUGCCAAAUCGGGUCUCCAGUUCCCUGUCGGACGUAUACACAGAUACCUCAAGCAGCGUACACAGAAUAACGUACGCAUUGGAGCGAAGGCUGCUGUCUACCUUACAGCAAUCCUCGAAUACCUCACCGCAGAGGUCCUAGAACUCGCAGGCAACGCCUCCAAAGACCUCAGGGUCAAGCGUAUCACACCGCGCCACUUGCAGCUCGCUAUCCGCGGAGACGAAGAGCUAGAUACGCUUAUUAAGGCGACUAUCGCAGGUGGUGGUGUCCUGCCCUUCAUCCACAAGUCCCUCGUCGCACCAUCCGGGCGCAAGAAGGUCAAGGGCCCCGAGUAAACCGCACCCGUACCGUGCCCUGUGUGUCUACUCUCUCGCUUCAUCCUCCCUGUUGGCCGCCAAGGCGCUCCUCUUGCGGAUCUUACAUUAUCUGAGCGCCUCGCCCACAGGCUCUAUUGCUCUCGAUCGAUUGGUGGUAUAGCGGGAAUUCAUCGAACGCUGUGUAGUUGUUAGCUUAGGAUUUUGUUUGUUUCGUUCUUGUCCUUUGUCCUUGUUUAGUCUUUUCGAUGACCCCGAAGUGGUCGAAUGUGUAUCAGUCAAAUCACUGCUCAUGCCUAUGUUGAC